GGAGGGCAGCGGAGAGCGUGCCGCCAUGUCUGCGUCGUGCGCAUCUCAUCUGCUGCAGCAGAGCCGCAUCCCCCAGUCGCACUGCAGCCAGCAGCCUGACCACAGCGCAGCCCUCAGCCUGACCCUCCUACCAGGUCAUGUGAAGUGGACAGACGAGGGAAACGAGGACAGAACAGAGCCGCUGGUUGUCAGGUCUGAGGGUCGCCUGCCUGGGCCCGGCGCCGCCAUUCACUGCACAGCGAGGUGCGAGGCGGGUGGCAGCCAGGGUGGGGACGCAUUUUGCACCCGGGGAUUCCACGAGUCGCGUAUCCAAUCUGCGCAUGCGCACACCGGCAGGAGCGCUAUCACAGAUCCGACUGCUGCGCCGAGCACCAGACAGGGUCAGAUGACGGCACAGAGGUCAGAGUUCAAGCGUGCUUUUGCAUCACGCCUAGUGGCGGCGCCUGUUCACCGCGUGCAUGUGCGUGUGUCAGACCGACUCCGUGUUGCUGUGCGGUGUUGUCGUCAGCUCCCUGCAGCAGACGCUGGACGACCACGGAGCUGCUGCACACGUCACUGUGGGUCUAACAUCAGUUUGAAUGUCACAUGUCGUGUGACGUCACAGUAACAACAGCUGACGUGCACGUGAUUUUCCGAGAGAGAGAGAGAACUGUCCCUCGUGGAGAGAGAUCAGCGAUGACAGACUGAAAGUAGGGAAUUUUGCUGAACUGUGGAUUUUUGCUACUCGUUACCGAGCGCCAGUCGAUCCAGUGGUUGUGGAGGAUACUUGCCGGCGACAGUCCCCACCAUGAGCUGGGCCAAGCAUCUUUUCGACGAGAAGAACACCCGCGCCCACCUCAGCUUGAGCCAGAAAGACUGCGAGAGAUCAGCGGGCAACCUUCGACCUCUAGGACGGGGUCGGAUGUGCUCGGCGGAGUGGGACGGACUGCUGUGCUGGCCUCCCACCCUGUCUGGUGCCAGCAUCAAGCAGCCUUGCCCCGCCGUCCACAACCUCGACCCCAACCAGUACGCCUACAAGGUGUGUCUGUCCAACGCCACCUGGCACCGCACCACCGACUACUCGCGAUGCCUGUCCCACCUAGCGGCGGCCUUGACCAACCUUCCCGACCUUGACCUGCUUCGCGACAGACCUGACAGCGAGGUCACCACGCAAGUGACGCAGGAGGUCAACUCCACGACGCAUGCGCUGUCGACGUCAACGACCGAGGCCGUGGUGGAGGGCGUCGUGGACAUAGUGAACUUCGCCGCCACCGACGAUCUGGUGGCCACGGUGUCUCAUGGGCUGUCGCUUCUCUGUCUCCUGUUCGCCUUCCUCACCUGGUUGUCUUUGAGGCUGUCUGAUAGGCUGGCCACUCGCAGGUACAUCGUGCUGGUGGCCACCUUCCUGGCGGCGCUGCUGUUCCACCUGCUGGUGCUGGUCACGCGCUGCCAGUCCCUGGCGCUGUCCUGGUCCACCGACGAGUUGACGGAACACGACACAGCCAACAUCAGCAGCGACCAUCACCACGACAUCAACAGCAGGUGGUCGCAUCGCCACGCCAAGCCAUCCACCCCCAGAGCGCCACUCAGCGGCUACAAGGACGACAACUUCCCGUUGCCAGACGACCAGGUGUACGCUGUGUCGCGAGUGACCAGCGGUCAGCGGACCUCUGCAGCAGGCAUGCGACAGCAGGCGGAGGGCGUGCACACGCUGUGUCAGGUGGGUCGGGUGCUCUUCCACCUGGCCGAUAUCUCCGUCUACUCCUUCGCCUUCGCACUGUCUCUGUACUACACUGUGGUGGUGCUGGGCCGGAAGCUGACGCUCAACAAGCUGCUGACGCUCUUCCUGCUGGCUCUGGGGCUGCCAACCGUCUUCGUCGUCUUCACCAUCCUGCUGUACAUCUUCCUGCCGCUGGGAGCCACCACCACGACAUUCACCUGCACUAUAUACGCCCUGGAGGACGAGUUCCACUGGGCGACGACAGGUCCAAAGCUGCUGUGCCUGGUGUUGUCGCUGUGCUUGAUGACGGUGUGCACCUACAGCUUCCUGCGCCUGCACUUUCCCGCCCUGCACACGUCAUCGGAGACGUUGUACGCGCGCCAGGGCGUCUUCAAGCUCCUCGUCUUCCUCGUCGUGGCGUCGGUGGUGGAGCUGCUGUUCCUGGUCACCCAGUACCAGGACAUGCACGGACACACCACCUCCCCCUCGCUGUGGCUGGCCAGCACGGCGCUCAGCGGGGUCAAAGGGUCACUGCUGGCGCUGAUGCUGUGUUUCCUGGACAGCGAGAUCCUCCACGGCAGUUGCUGCCCCACUAGCGACAACGUGCGGGAGUCGACGGUGGUUCUAGGGGAGCGUAACUCUCAAGACAAGGGGUGUGAUGAACUCCUCCACACAGGUGAGAAAAAGACAGCACAGGUGGACUUCCUGACCAAGCCAAGUGCUGGCCAGACCAGCGUCACCGGCUACCCAGGCCAGGGGGACAGGGUGUAGGUGGAGUAUCAGUCUUCAUCAACACAAAUGCCACAAACAUCACAACAAUGGCGAGCAGAGAAGCGACCCGCAGUGGAUCGAGGUCUAUCAUCUUCAAGCCAGUAUUGCAAGGCAAGAGUGAAGCCCUCGGACUCCAUCUAAGCACAAAAUAUAAUAAUAGGAAAUUACUGAAGAUGUGAGUCAUGAGUUUCAUAGAUUUUUCUGGAACAUAGUUCAGAGCCGAGAGAGACCAUAUUGUUUGCUGCAAACUUGUCAACAAAACUGUGAACGGUAGCCGAGGACCAGAAGAGCAGUAAACAAGUGUCGGGUGAUGCUCUCAUCCAAGGAGUCGCCAUUUGUGGUCAGUGAUAAAAUGCUGAUAUCAAUCAAAUGAGACAUUACAGAAGCACAGGUGUGGAGGAACAGGUGAUUGUAUUUUUUCUUGUGAGUAAUAAUUUCCCAUGUUUCGUUGAUUGGUUUGCUGCUUGUUGCUAUUAUUUUCUAAAUAUCUGUGUUCACUGUCUAAACAUGUGUUCACGCUGAUGAGAGUUCGUCUCUAUGGUUCGCUAUUCCUGUGUCAUCGGAGUACAAGUCUUCAAAAAGAGAUUGCUUGUUAUUGUGUACUUCCUGGACUGUGAACAGUGUUCAGACAUCAGAUUUAGUCACGUGUCAGUCUCGCCGAGUGACGUAAGCCAGCGGCUGUCCGCCAAAAAUAACGAGACUGCGGCACUUUGAUGUUAGACUGAGCAUUUUGAGAAUAAAGUCUGUUUGUUGUC